AUGGUACAGGAUUCGGAUGGUUCAAUAUCCGGUAUCAUACUCGGAUGCUCUGUAGCUAUCAUAUCAUCGGCGAUUCAAUCUCUAGGUAUUACAUUGCAAAGAAAAUCACAUUUAUUAACACACUGUAUUGGUCACAACCACCAUUAUCAUCAGAGAUAUAAAAGGAAUAUGUGGUUUUUGGGAUUUAUGUUAUUUAUAAUUGCUAACGUUUUUGGAUCAUUGAUACAGCUUACUACGUUGCCGUUGAUAAUUUUAUCACCGUUACAGAGUAUCGGACUCAUAUUCAAUGCAAUUUUAAGUUGUCUACUAUUGCCAGGUGAAAAGUUUACCAAAAAGUUAGCGAUAGGAACUAUGGUUAUAGCUAAUGGGGCUUUCAUCGUAGCAUUCAAUGGUAAUGUGGAACCAGCGCCCGUAGAUGAUAAUAAGAAUAAAGAAUUUAAAUUAAUAUUGGAAAAGUUAACCCGCAAGUCAUUUCUCGGGUGGUUUAUGACCACGUACUUUGUGAUUGCAGUAUUGAUUCUCUUGAAUUUAAUCAUAUCACGCAGGAAGCAGAAUUUAAAAAGAUUAAGAAAAAGAAGGAGUAGGUUGCAGACUACAUUGCUUUCUAAAUACCAGUUUACAAUGGGGAUUAAUUACGGUUUAAUAGCAGGAACUUUAACGGCUCAUACUUUCUUGUUUGCCAAAUCAUUGAUUGAUGUGGUCAUAGAAAUAAUCUUACGUGAUAAGCACAGUUUCAGUAAUAUAUUCCAGUCAAGUAACUUCACACCAUAUUUGUUAUUAAUCAUAAUGCUUGCAAUAAUUGCUUGUCAAUUAACAGCGUUUAAUUUAGGAUUAACCCAAAUAUCCACUUCAAUAUUAUAUCCAUUAUGCUUCUUGGUCUUCAACCUUGUUAAUCUUAUUAAUGACUUAGUUUUCAAUUCACUACUAUCUGACCAUAGAAUUACAUAUGGGCAAUUAUCAAUGGUUAUACUCGGAUUGAUUGGGGUAUUAUUAGGCGUGGUUAUUAUUAGUUGUGACUCUACGUAUGGCGAUAGCGGUAAAGAUGAUAUUAAUAACUUGAAGUUUCCUUAUAACGAGAAUUCAACAUUAUUAAGUCCUUCCACAUACAGUUUACAUACCAUAGAAAGUUCGAAGAUGUCGUACGAGCAAAAUCAAUUAAUAAACCUGCUUGGAAUAUAA